UCAAAGGGUGAACGGAAAUGUGAACUUUGCUUACGUGUGAAGCAAUUUAGUGCAAAUGGCAAGUGCUCUGCUGAGGUUAGCUGACGGUGACGAUACCAAGGCUAACAGUACUGCUCGCUUAACACGUAGGCUUCGCUAACUGCUAGCCUUUCUCGGUUAGCUUUUACGGCUACAUAAUGUAUGAUUGGAAAGCUACACUUGGCGAAAAAGCUGCAGCCAUGAAUUAUCUGCGUCGGCGUCUCUCGGACAGCACGUUCAUCUCCAACCUGCCCAAUGGCUACAUGACAGACCUCCAGAGGCCUGACCAACCUCAGCCUCCUCCACCUGCCUCUCCCACCCCUGCCAAGUCUCCUACAACUGGGCCCACGCCUCCAGCCACUUCCCCUGCUCCAGAGAAGAAGCCUCAGCCAGCUCAGACCACCGGAGCAGGCUUCUUCAGCUCCAUCACCAACGUUGUCAAGCAGACAGCUGCCUCAGCAGGGCUAGUGGAGCAGACCCAAGUCACGACACCUAAGAAGUUCAAGAUUCUUCUGGUAAUUGAUGAGCCACAGCAGGAGUGGGCAAAAUUGUUCCGGGGAAAGAAAGUUCACGGGGAUUAUGACAUCAAAGUGGAGCAGGCUGAAUUCAGCGAGAUCAACGUUGUGGCUCAUGCCAAUGGGACCUGCAACGUUAACAUGCAAGUUCUCAGGAAUGGUACCAAGGUUAUGAGGUCAUUCAAGCCAGACUUUGUCCUGAUUCGUCAGCACGCCUUCAGUAUGACCCAGAAUGAAGAUUUUCGCAACCUGAUCAUUGGGCUGCAGUACGGAGGCGUCCCAAGCAUCAACUCCCUUUCUUCCAUCUACAACUUGUGUGACAAGCCAUGGGCGUUUGCCCAACUUAUCAACACCCACAGGAAGCUGGGUGCUGAGAAGUUCCCUCUUAUCGAGCAGACCUUUUACCCAAACUACAAGGAGAUGGUCAGCAUGCCAUCAUUCCCUGUUGUUGUGAAGAUUGGACAUGCCCACUCUGGAAUCGGAAAGGUGAAGGUGGACAAUCACAGUAAGUUCCAGGACAUAGCCAGUGUCGUGGCUCUCACCCAGACGUACACCACCACCGAACCUCUCAUCGACUCCAAGUACGACAUCAGGAUCCAGAAGAUUGGCACUGACUACAAAGCGUACAUGAGAACGUCUAUAUCUGGGAACUGGAAGACCAAUACUGGCUCAGCAAUGCUUGAACAGGUGGCCAUGACUGACAGGUACAAGAUUUGGGUCGACACCUGCUCAGAGAUUUUCGGGGGUCUGGAUAUUUGUGCAGUCAAAGCUAUCCAUGGGAAAGAUGGCAAAGAUUACAUCACAGAGGUGGUGGGGUCUGCCAUGCCUCUGGUAGGGGAACACCAGGCCGAGGACAGGCAGCUCAUUGCUGACAUGGUGCUGGUACAAAUGAACCAGGCAGCAGAAAAUGAAGCUAAUGCUCCCCAGAGACCCACUACCAUUCAGCCAUCCCAGGGAACUGGCCAGAAGGGAGAGAUUGUUGGCGAACCCACCAAAAACGGUGCCGGGCGCCCGCCUCAAGGUUGUCUGCAGUACAUCCUCGACUGUAAUGGCGUUGCAGUGGGUCCAAAACCAGUCCAGGCCAACUGAGUCACUCAGGAGAAAGGGAUGAAAUCUCAGAGUCCAGAUAACAAUGACGUACCUUAGCCGAACACAAGCGCAGACGUGUGUGUGUGUGAAUGCUGAUAGCUGGAGUCAGAUCUUGGUGACGUGAGCUCGGUCCCGCCGAGCGCUGGCCUGGACUGUGUUUUUAACUCUAUGCAGUGUCAAAAUGUACUGUCUACUCGUUGACCUGUUGAUUUGUGUGCUUGUAGAGGUCACCUAUGUUUCAGUAGCUGUGGUUUUUUCUUUGGGGCUGUUGUUGAUGAUGUAAAAAGCAGAUUGUGCCUACACAAAGUUCAGUGCUGCUGUGUGCUACCUGUUUGACCCAGCAAUGAUUCUUUUAUUUCCCCCCUGAACCCCUCUUCUGUUUUCUACUUUGGUGUGUACCUUUAGAUAUUGUUCAAACUGUGGACUAUCGUGCAGUUUGAAGUUUUGUGUAUAUCUCAAUAUGUAUACAGUAUGUGAGUGUGUGUGUGUGUGUGGCUGUAGUGGUGAUUAUUUUCAUACUAAUACUAAUAGAUAUUUAUUUUUGUUUUGCAUGAUUGAUACAAAGGCAGGUGCAAGUCAGUUAUUUAAUGUCUGAUCAAGUGGGAUGUUCGCGCAACAUCGCCGUUUUACCCAAGCUGUGUUCCCUAUGAGUCAUGCAUUGUGAAUGUGUCAUAAGAAAUGCAUAUUAUAUAAGUUCUACAGGAUACAUGUGUUCAUUACUAGACAUGCAUUAACACAGUGAGCGUGACAGUGCACACUCCUGCAUAAGGGUACAAUAGAAACAAGCAGUGUGUGGCCUUUUAUAAAGUUUUUUUUUUUCAUCGAUAGCAUCACUAUUAAAGAGAUUAUAUAGAGUGAGUUUAGGAUACUUAUAGAUCGACAACAUAAUAAAUAUUAAGAUUAGUCAAAGAUAUAUUAAAGAUUUUAUUAUGUAGGAUGUUGUGCACAUACACAACUUAAAUAUAUUUGUAUCAUUUUGAACCAAAGAAAGAAGUAUUUACUUUGAAUCAGUCUUUGCACUCCAGUAACCCACAAUGUAAAUAUCAGUGAGGGGACUGUUAAUCCUGCAGUUUGUCACACGGAGGGUGUAAUUUCAUCAGAGAGCAGUGUUCCAAGGCCGUACUUAUGCUUUCAAAUAGCCUGCUGUAAAUCACACGGCGGCGAACGGAUGCUGCGUUCACAGCGUUGUUUUUCUUUUUGCGAUUGGUUGUGCUGAAGCAGGCGUUACUGCUGAUAAGGAAAAAGGUGCAUAAUGUAUGAUCUGCCGCGAAAACGCCAGAUAUAAAAGUCUCCCCGGUUGCCCUCACGCUGGAUAUAUCGGCUAUCGUGGCGGUGUUGCCAUGACAACAAUACAAGUGCUCUGAGGUUUUAGUGCGGGCUGGUGCGCCUGUAUUACAGAGACUGAACAACAGUCUGCCCUUCACACACUCUGCCUGUGAGUUGAUGGAAAGUGCAAUACACUUUUUACUCAAUAAUGUGUUUAUUUUGAAAUCAGAUCUUCCAUCGAAUUGAUUCCAGAAGCUAUAGUCAUCCACAUGUUGAAUUGUUUUUUUACACAAAUGUCACAAUCACUCGGUUGUUGUCCAGUGGCUUUUGUGGAGGCCACUUCAUAUAUAUUAAAUACCCUAAAUGGUGAAACAGCUAAAAAGCAACCAAAUCAACUGUAAAAAGAAAUCUGUACCGUUUUCCAACAAUCUUGUUUGUUGCCGUAGUAUAAAAUCUGUUUAGCAAGCUCUGUGUGUAAUUCUUUUUCCGAGUUGUAUUAAGUGCCAUUGUAUCUGUGAGCGUAUCCUUGUUAAAAGCCAUGCCUGAGGCUUUAUGAAUGUGUUGUUCUGUUUAAUAGGAAAUAUGCCAUGGCAUUGAUUUCCAAGGGAGGAACAUGCAGAGAUACAACAAGUGCAUGGACAGGCCUGGAUUCAGUGAUCGUGAUAGAAUAUGUAAGAGGUUCUAACUGUUUUUUGGCCAUCGUGUUGAGGUGAAACUAAUAUCUUCAGGCCUGCAGGACUGUCACUAGUAAGGGCCAAGGUGGUAACUUGCUUAAUAUAUGUACUUUUAAAAACCGGUGUUGGACUGUUUAAAUCAAGAUCAGAAUACAACAUAUUGUGGAAAAAGAAUCCUUUCUGGAUAUUUCCCCUCUGUCACUGGCAAUAAAGCUUCCUUUGCAAUA